AAAACACUGAAAGAAUAUCUCUCCAGCUUCACUUAGCUUUAACUUCAAAUGCAUCAUGGGUCCAGUGUCCUAGUCAUUUAGAGCUUAUGAAUCAGUGUCGACACAUAAAUAUUCGUGUGGAUCCGCGUGGCCUGAGAGAAGGACUACAUUAUACAGAGGUGUGUGGAUAUGAUAUAGCAAUGCCUAAUGCAGGCCCUCUGUUCAGAGUUCCAAUAACUGUUGUUAUACCGACAAGAGUAGAUGAAUCAUCAAGUUAUGACCUGACAUACACAGAUGUUCAUUUUAAACCUGGUCAAAUCCGAAGGCAUUUCAUUGAUGUUCCACAGGGAGCUACAUGGGCUGAAGUGACAGUAUGUUCAUGUUCAUCUGAUGUGACUGCCAAGUUUGUGCUUCAUGCUGUUCAGCUAGUGAAACAAAAAGCAUAUAGAAGUCAUGAGUUCUACAAAUUUUCAUCCUUACCAGAAAAAGGAUCAGUGACUGAAGCAUUUCCUGUCUUAGCUGGAAAAACCAUUGAAUUUUGUGUGGCUCGGUGGUGGGCAAGCCUUAGCGAUGUUAGCAUUAAUUAUACAAUUUCUUUCCAUGGUGUGCUUUGUGCUACUCCUCAGCUAAACAUGCACGCUUCAGAAGGCAUCGUACGAUUUGAUGUUCAGUCCCUGUUGAAGUAUGAAGACAUUGCUCCAUGCAUAAAUCUGAAAAGCUGGGUUCAAACGCUCAGACCAGUGAGUGCAAAAAUAAAACCUUUGGGGUCCAGAGAUAUUUUACCAAAUAAUCGUCAACUGUAUGAGAUGAUUUUGACCUAUAACUUCCAUCAGCCUAAGAGUGGAGAAGUAACUCCAAGCUGUCCGCUUCUUUGUGAAUUGUUGUACGAAUCUGAAUUUGAUAGUCAACUGUGGAUUAUUUUUGACCAGAACAAAAGACAAAUGGGUUCAGGAGAUGCCUAUCCACACCAGUAUUCUGUGAAACUGGAAAAAGGAGAUUACACUAUUCGUUUACAAAUUCGUCAUGAACAGAACAGUGAGCUGGAUCGCAUCAAAGACCUUCCAUUUAUUGUUUCUCACAGGUUAUCUAGUACCUUGAGCUUAGAUAUUUAUGAAAACCAUAGCCUUGCUCUCUUAGGGAAGAAGAAAUCCAACAGUUUGACAUUACCACCAAAACACAGUCAGCCAUUCUUUGUUACAUCUCUGCCCGAUGACAAAAUACCUAAAGGAGCAGGACCAGGAUGUUAUCUUGCAGGGGCUCUUACGCUGUCUAAAACAGAACUUGGAAAGAAAGCUGGGCAGUCUGCAGCAAAGCGACAAGGAAAAUUUAAAAAGGAUGUCCUUACUGUUCACUAUCAUCUGAUACCAUCACCAUCAAAGAGUAAAAAUGGCAGCAAAGAGAAAGAAAGAGAACAGGAAAAAGAAAAAGAUGCAAAAGAAGAAUUUGCUGAAGCUUUAAGAGAUCUAAAAAUACAGUGGAUGACCAAGCUGGAUACCACUGACAUGUAUAAUGAGUUGAAAGAAGCGUUUCCUAAUCAUCUUCCAUUGUAUGUUGCAAGACUUCAUCAACUGGAUUCUGAAAAGGAACGAAUGAAAAGACUUGAUGAAAUUGUUGAAGCUGCAAAUACUGUAAUCUCUCAUAUUGAUCAGACAGCACUAGCAGUAUAUUUUGCCAUGAAGACUGAUCCCAGGCCUGAUGCAACUACUAUAAAAAAUGAAAUGGAAAAACAGAAGACUACUUUAGUGGAUGCACUUUGUCGAAAAGGAAGUGCACUGGCUGACCAACUUCUUCAUCGGCAGGCCCAAGAAGGGGCUGCUUCCAGUGAUGCAGAAGGCAAAGAUGAGGAUCAUGAGAGCUGCUCAGAAGCUUUAACAGAGACAUUCUGGGAAACAACAAAAUGGACUGAUCUUUUUGACAGCAAGGUUUUGACUUUUGCCUAUAAGCAUGCAUUGGUUAAUAAAAUGUAUGGGAGAGGUCUCAAGUUUGCCACAAAACUUGCAGAAGAGAAGCCAACGAAGGACAACUUGAAAAACUGCAUUCAGCUAAUGAAGCUGCUUGGAUGGACUCAUUGUGCAACUUUCACUGAAAAUUGGCUUCCUGUCAUGUAUCCACCUGAUUAUUGUGUAUUCUAGAAAAACAGUAAUUGUAAACUUAAACUGAUUUUAUAUGGAGCAGGAUAUGAAAAGAUAAGUUUGACUUUUUAUUGGAACGCAUGUUUUCAUUACUGAAUGCUGAUUAUUAAAUUGUGUGUAUUUAUCAGUAAAGGCACCUGGGUACAGCUUAAUACCUGUUAACCUUACUCCUGUCAUCAGGGAGUUUCCUUAUUGUGCAUCCCAUUGCUGGCAAUGGAUGUGCCAGAACUGCCAACAGCAAGGAUUUGGAAUUAGGCUGGAAAGGCUUAUUGCAUGCAUGUUAGGUUCUUAAAUGUUACUUUUAACUGCAAACCUGUAAAAGCUCUGUAUUUUUUACAGUAAACUGAAUUUUAACAAGUUUGAUCUUAAUUUCAAUUGUAUGAAGGCCUUAAAGCUACUACAAGAGUAGCUAAAAUCUUAUUUAUUAGACUAAAGUAACGGGGCGUCAUUACCUGUAUUGUUUGCAAGAGUUUACAUAUAAAUUUUUUUUAAGAAAAAUUCAACCUCUCCAACAGUUACAGUGUGUAACUCAAAAUUGCUGA